AUGUCGUCUUCUGCUGUGUUCAUUCUCGAUCUGAAGGGGAAGACGAUCAUAUCCCGUAACUACCGUGGAGAUGUCGACAUGGGACUCAUUGAUCGAUUCCUUCCUCUACUGAUGGAUCGUGAAGAAGAAGGCUUGGCUUCACCUGUGAUUUCAAAUCAAGAUGUCACGUUUGUUUACAUUAAGCACAACAAUAUCUAUCUAGUUUCAACUUGUCGAUCCAACGUUAACGUUACCUUGGUGCUGUCGUUCCUCUUCAAGUGUGUUGAGGUUUUCACUGAGUACUUCAAAGACGUAGAGGAGGAGUCAGUUCGAGACAACUUUGUGGUCAUAUAUGAAUUACUUGAUGAAAUGAUGGAUUUCGGGUUCCCACAAACCACUGAGAGCCGAAUUCUUCAGGAGUUCAUUACACAAGAAGGUCACAAAUUGGAAAAUGCUCCACGACCACCAAUGGCUGUUACAAACGCUGUUUCUUGGAGGUCGGACGGUAUAAAAUACCGAAAGAACGAGGUUUUCCUCGAUGUUAUCGAAAGCGUUAACAUGUUGGCAAAUGCCAAUGGUACUGUUCUGCAAAGUGAAAUUGUUGGAAGUGUAAAGAUGCGAGUUUAUCUGACGGGAAUGCCGGAGUUACGGCUUGGACUUAAUGACAAAGUGUUGUUUGAGGGUAGUGGACGUGGAAAAAGCAAAUCCGUCGAAUUGGAGGAUGUGAAAUUUCAUCAGUGUGUUCGCCUUUCGCGUUUCGACAACGAUAGAACGAUAUCAUUUAUUCCUCCUGACGGAGCGUUUGAACUGAUGAGUUAUCGUCUCACGACUGUUGUGAAACCACUGAUCUGGAUCGAAACAAACAUCGAGAGACACUCGCAUUCACGUGUUGAGUUUAUGAUCAAAGCGAAAUCUCAGUUUAAACGUCGUUCCACCGCAAAUAAUGUUGAAAUAAUCAUUCCUGUCCCGUCGGAUGCUGAUUCACCUAAAUUCAAGACAAGUAUUGGUGCGGUAAGGUAUGCUCCUGAACAGAAUGCGUUCGUCUGGACGAUUAAAAGCUUUCCUGGUGGUAAAGAAUACUUGUUGAGUGCGCACUUCUCGCUACCAUCUGUUAUUGGUGAAGAAGCAGAAGGAAGGCCUCCUAUUAAAGUGAAGUUUGAGAUCCCAUAUUUCACCACUUCCGGCAUUCAGGUCCGCUAUUUGAAAAUCAUUGAGAAAAGCGGUUACCAAGCUCUGCCAUGGGUUAGAUAUAUCACACAAAAUGGAGACUACCAAAUGCGAAUGAAAUGA